AUGUUCCUCACAGUCAAGCUGCUCCUGGGUCAGAGAUGCAGCCUGAAGGUGUCGGGGAAGGAGAGCGUCGCCACGCUGAAGAAGCUGGUGUCGAAGCAGCUGCAGGUGCCUGAGGAGCAGCAGCACCUCCUUUUCCGUGGCCAGCUGCUGGCCGAUGACAAGUGCCUCUCCGACUACCGCAUCGGGCCCAAUGCCUCCAUCAGUGUCAUCAUGCGGCCCCUGGAGAAGACAGCACCAGAGGAAGGCCCCCAGGCCCAGCUCCCGCCCCAGCGCCAGACCCUGUGGCAUCAGCUGGGCCAGAUCCUGUCCAAGCACUUCCAGCCACAGGAUGCCCAGGCAGUGCUGCAGGAGCUGAGGCAGGAGCACAAGAAGCAGGUGCAGAGGUUGAGCCUGGAGGACCUGGAGCAGCUGGCACGGAAACAGCUGGCAGAGGAGAAGCAAGACAAGCCCAGAGAGAGGGAGCCCGUGGCCCUGGCCUCAGAGGCCACGUGA